UUGCAGAAUAUACUAUGGCUGGUAAUUUAAACCUUUACGACUUUAAUGGUUCUGUUAGGCGGAACAAAUUGCAAGAAGCUAUCUUUUCUGAUUUGGCUAAAAAAGAAGAUUUUAUGAGAAAAAUUAAUGAAGAACGUAUCGAAAGGCAAGAACGAUCCAGACGAAAAGUAGCAGCGAUCAAAAUACAGUCUGCAUAUCGGGGAUAUCGUGUUAGGAAAGAAUUUCAUAUCUUUUUGCGAAGUCUUUUUGAUGAAGCAGGUCCAACACAGAGCGUUAUAUUAUUGGAAACACAAAUUUCUCGUUUGGGAUUCUUUUUCCGAUCUGCUGUUGACUGUGAAAGAACUUUAACAUUGUGCAGUGAAGCAGUUGCACUGGCACAAGCAGUGAAAGCGAACGACUUAUUGGAUCGAAGGAGACGACAGCAACUUUUACGGUGUGUAGUUGUGCUUUUUGAGCACACCGAUCGAACUAAGUCAUAUACGUCCGCAUUGCGAUUUCUCGAAAUUUAUAUAAAGGAAGAGGAUUGCUUAACUUUGUUGAAUUAUGGUUUCUACUCAUCCAUGAUGACUUUGUUCUCCAGUUGUCAUCAGCUUCCUUCUCCUUUAUACAUUGAGGAAAAACUUCCACAGCGCUCUGAAUCACUUUUACAAAUAUUAGUUUUACCUAUAAAUCGCCUUUCCAAGAAAACGGAUGCUAUAUUUGAAUUAUUUGGUACGAUCUGCAAGCCAAGAUAUGAAACUGUUACUGUUUGUUGUUUAGCACCCUUUCUAGCUCGACUUUGUAAAGCAGGAACUUUGAAAUUCGCAGAUAUUAUGGAUGCUUUAUCAACUGAUGGUUAUCGGUUGUCGUCACAAGAUGCAACUUCUACACUUUUAACUUCAUAUGCUGUUGUCGUUAUUACUUCGGCAUUUUCAUUAGAGACUUUAAAUGAUUCGGAAAAGGCCAAGUUGGUCUCCGUGUUUGCAGCACUUACACAAAAUAUCACACCGCCACCGGAAGCAAUGUUGACAGAGCGAUCCAACAACGACGAUUCAGAUGUGGAAGACGAGUCAAAUGAUGCUAUCAUGGCUGCGACAUCUGAUGUUGAACCGGAUAUUCUGGGAAGGAUUACUUCGCUUUGCACAUUAACUUAUUUCAUACGGAUUCAUUCAUCUGCAAAUUAUAUUUCUUUGACGAAUUUAUUUUCUUCAUUUCGGCAGCUGAUUCCAAGUUUAUGGAGGCUAAUAAUGUCCCUUAAUAGGAGUACUAUGUUUGGAGGGACGCAACCACUGAUAACAAUACUUGAACGGGGUGAAAAUAUAUCGCAUUCUGAUGAACAGGCUUUAAUACCAGCUUUAUCAAUAUUUAUAACAUUGGUGACAAAUGCCUUGAAAACAGUUGACGAUGAUGAUUUCCAAAAUGGUGGUGUUGGAGAUACUGUUUUUCCUCUUACACUAAAUCAAAUUACUGAUGUAGUCCUUCAUUGUCGAGAUCUUACGCUUGGUUUAAUUGAUCUCGCUUUUCCUGUUAAUAGUGGACCUUUCCAGCAAUCUUUUGUGAAGAGCUCAAAGUGGUCGGAUUUAUUCCAGGAUGUCGCCUUGUUAACGAAAGCAUUACAUGAACGAGACAAUCGAGUUUGUGUCAUGCCUCACAAUUUUUGGUCCAGUCAUAAUAGGAAUGUUGUUGUCAAUUCUUCGAUGUGGCAAAAUGGGCGUGGUCGUCGGCGCCGCGCAAGGCGUCCAUUUGAAUUUGUACGUUUUUUGCUUGAUAAUAGGGAUUCGGAUGUAAAUGAAGACCCUCCAAGUGUCAGUGAGUUGCGUAAUUUAUCCAUCGUCCGCAGUAUUCCUUUCGUUAUUCCUUUCAUCCAACGAACUGAGAUUUUCACAGAGUUACUUCUAAGAGAUCGCAUACGGAAUGAUUCCGGCCGAAAUGGACAUUUUAUCGCUGUACACAGAGCAACCUUGUACGAAGAUGCUUUCAGAGCAUUACAACCUCAUAACGUUCCCGAUAUGAAGUCAACAAUUCGUGUGCAGAUGGUAAACUGGGCUGGACUAGAAGAAGCUGGCGUUGAUGGUGGUGGCAUUUUCAGGGAAUUUCUUUACGAACUUCUUCAGACUGCUCUUGAUCCAUCUCGUGGUUUUUUUGCUGCAACCCAUGAACAGCUUUUAUAUCCAAACCCUUUGGCACCGUUUCUUUACCCAACUAAUUUUGUUGAUCACUUCUAUUUCAUCGGGCGAAUUAUUGCUAAGUUAGUCUAUGAAGGUUUGUUGGCAGACAUUCGCUUUGCGGAUUUCUUCUUGCUGCAAUGGAUGGGAAAUCCGGGAACAGUUCUGGACUUGGAAUUAGUCAAGUCAUAUGAUCCUCUUCUGCACAAAAAUUUGAAGUUUUUGAAGCGUUGCUCAUUAGAAGAGAUCGAAACUCUUGAUCUUGAUUUCACUGUUAUCACUGAUAAUUUCGGCGUGACAGAGAAGAUAGAAUUAAAGAAAGAUGGUAGUUGUAUCAAAGUAACAGCAGAUAACAGGAUGGAAUAUAUACAGUUAUAUGUUAAUUAUUACCUUUCUAAGCGGCUUUCACCGAUGAUCGCCGCGCUUCGGAGUGGUCUAAGGAACGUUAUAGACUUGGAAUGGUUGCGAAUGUUCUCACCGUUAGAAAUUUCGAUGUUGGUUGGCGGCAGUGAUUCAGAAAUUGAUUUCAAUGAACUAAAGAAAUUCACAGCUGUACAUAACAUAAAAUCUGAAAAUGAUCAGCAGUACAUGGACCUCUUCUGGUCGGUCAUCAAUGGAUUUUCAGCUGGAGAUAAAAAGAAGCUGUUAAAAUUUAUAACUGGUUGUCCGCGACCACCCAUAAUGGGUUUUAAGACUUUAACACCGCCAAUGGGUAUUCAGCUUGUCCACGACGUUGAUAAACUACCUACUGCUGCGACAUGUAUGAAUUUGUUGAAGCUGCCACUAUACGAUGAUGUUGAAACAUUGCGUCGUAAACUAAUCUAUGCAGUAAAUUGUGGAGCUGGUUUCGAACUUUCAUGA